AUGCUGGUUCUCGCCGGCGGUCUUCGCACUGGAAUCAGCCCCGCAUCGUUCUUCUCCGGACGGAACCUCAACUGCGCGCUUCUUGUCUGCUUCUCCCGUCUCCUCUGCCCCGGCCAGGCGCCAUUUUCUGCGCCCUCCAGGUCCCAGGGCCACCUGGAUGAUUCCGACCUCGAGGCCAUUCCCAAGCUCGUCGUGCAGGAUCGGUGGGAAGACCCGAGGAUCGCCUCACUCUUUGCUUCGUCCUUAGCCCCUGUUAGGAUCUCCAGCAUACUGGUUAGCCUGAAAGAGAACCCUCGAUCGGCUUUUAAGUUCUUUGUGUGGGCAGGCAAGCAAAAGGGCUUCCGCCACACCACGGAGUCGUACUGCAUUACCGCUCACGUCCUCUUCAAUGGUAGGAUGUACUUUCAGGCUGGGCUGAUCCUUAAAGAACUAGUAUCGUCGAAGCAGUGGUUGCCUGAAUCAGAAAAUGUGGUCGUCAUGCUCAGAGCGACCUCCGGUAUGUGUAACAGUCAGGGGAACGGUGUAUUCGACGCGCUCUUUGGAGUUUUGACGGACUUGGGGCGCCUAGAAGAAGCCAGCGACUGUUUUCAUAGGAUGAGGACGUUCAGAAUCCUGCCCAAGAUGAGGUCCUGCAACAAUCUCCUUCAGAGGCUGGCCAGAUCGGGGAAGGGGGCAUUGUCGCGGAAACUGUUCGAUGAUAUGCUCAGCUCAAAUAUGACGCCAACGGUUUUUACUUACAACAUAAUGAUCGAUCUCUUGUGCAAGGAUGGAGAUCUGAAGAGUGCCCAGUGUCUGUUUCUCCGGAUGAAGGAGUUGGGCUGCUCUCCAGACGUCAUCACCUACAAUUCCCUCAUCGAUGGCCAUGGGAAGCUCGGGGAAUUGGAGGAGGUUGAGCGGCUGUUUCUGGAGAUGAAGGGGGCUGGUUAUCAUCCGGAUGUGAUAACCUUCAAUGCCAUCAUCAACUGCUUCUGUAUAUAUAGACAGAUUCCAAAGGCAUUCGGUUAUCUCAGUGAGAUGAAAAAAAGUGAGGUGGAACCCAAUGUCGUAACCUACACCACUCUGAUCGACGGCCUCUGUAAAGAAGGGAUGAUGAAGGAGGCGAUCAAGUUCUUUGUGGACAUGAGGAGGAGGGGUCUCAGACCGAACGAGUUCACAUUUACUGCUCUCAUUGAUGGCCACUGCAAGGCGGGAAACCUCGAGGAAGCACUGCUGUUGGUUGCUCAAAUGGUGCAUGAGGGAGUGGAGCUUAAUGUUGUCACCGUCACAGCUCUGGUGGAUGGUCUCUGUAAAGAGGGCAAGGUGGAGGAAGCAGAGGAGGUUUUCACGGCGGUGGAGAAGUCUGGUGUAGCUGUCAACCAGCUAAUGUGCACAGCCUUGAUUCAUGGUCACUUCAUGAACAAAAAUUCGGAGAGAGGGGUGGAUCUAUUUGACAGGAUGAAGGAAAAAGGUAUUAAGCCCGACAUAUCACUAUACGGAACUGUUGUUUGGGGUCUCUGCAAUGUGGGUAAGCUCUCUGAAGCUCAGGAUUUAUUGAGAGAGAUGGAGGAUCAUGGCUUUAAGCCCAAUCAUGUUAUUUAUACAACCCUUAUGGAUGCCUAUUUUAAGGCAAGGAAAGCUUCUGAUGCUCUCGGUCUACAUCACAAGAUUUUAGACUCGGGCUUGUCUCCUUCUGUGGUGACCUACUGUGCCCUGGUUGAUGGGUUAUGUAAAGAAGGGUCAGUCACCGAAGCAACCUACCAUUUUGAAAAGAUGAGAGACAUGGGACUCCAACCGAAUGUUUUGUCCUACACUGCCCUCAUUGAUGGCCUCUGCAAGAUCAGCUGCUUGGGGGAAGCCGACAAGCUUUUUGAGCAGAUGGUGGAGGAGGGUAUGCCUCCAGACAAAGUUGCUUACACGUCUCUGAUAGAUGGGAACAUGAAGAUGGGAAAUCUUCAGGAGGCUUUUGCUCUUAGGAGCAGAAUGGAAGAACAGGGUAUUGACCUAGACUUGCAUGCUUACACUUCAUUUAUAUGUGGGCUGUGUAACAGUGGUCAGCUGCAGCAAGCUAAGAACAUGCUGUCUGAGAUGGUUGGGAAUGGUGUUUGCCCGGACGCGGGUGUCUAUAAUUACCUGAUAGGCAAGUACAGUGAGCAGGGGAACAUGGAAGAAGUGCUUAAUCUGAAAGAUGAGAUGAAAAUGAGGGGCUUGCUUCCUGAUACAGAUGCUACUACUGCCAAAGAUGGUCAAACGUAG